AUGGAGACGAUAGGGAAUUCAAAUUACCUUGGGGGCCGCGGGCGGGGGUAUAUGGCGGCGGUUCUGUCCGCCCUGGCUGCCAGGCUCUCCCAGUCGGCCGCGGCCAGGUCCUACGGGGUGUUCUGCAAGGGGCUGACCAGGACCCUCCUCAUCUUCUUCGACCUGGCCUGGAAGCUCCGCAUCAACUUCCCCUACCUCUACAUCGUCGCCUCCAUGAUGCUCAACGUGCGGCUGCAGGUCCAUAUUGAGAUCCACUGACUUGUGACUUUGUGUGCUGCUUGCACUGUAUGCUGCAACUAGAGUCAAUUCCACUCUACAAAUUCAGCCUGUCGUGAAACAGCAAAGCUAUGCUCGUCUUCUCUAGGACUAUGAAGAAAGAAGAUUUAAACCAGAAACGAGUAUGUGCCGGUGGCCCAGAUCAUCACAAGGCAGCAGCUCACCUGACACACGUGCAUUCCGUGUUGAACAACUCUCAAAAUGAUCGUAGCAGUUUACAAGAAUUAUUUUAUUUUAACACCAGGAAUUGUUCUUUCUUUAAUACUAUACCUCUGCCUUCUAUUGGCAAGGAAAUGCCUCUGAGUUGGAGUGAAUCAACAGGGAGGAACUCAAGUGCAGCUGCUCCUUGGAAGGAUUCAUUUCAUCUGCGUUUUUCUUCUGGGAAAGACAGUCUUGAUAGGAUUUCUCACUGCAUUAAUAGUAUUUCAGUAAUGGGCUGGCUGGAGAAAGCUUGUAGCUUUGCUGGAGACUUUAGCUCAUGCUGUCCAGGAGACAACUUUGUAUGUUUUGCACACUUUUGGCUGGGAAAUUUGCAGUAUAAUAAAAACCUGCAGUUUCUGGAAUUAGAAAUGAGCAGUAGCAAAGAGAAUGAGUUGCGGCUUGCAUUUCUUAAAGAGUUGGAGCUUGGUGGACUUCCUGAUCUCUAUUCUAUUCCAGUUGCCUCACUGAACGAAUAUGCUAUGGGACUCUUAAACAACCAGAAACCAUGUUUAUUUCUUUGUUACUUAAACCUUAUAUCUUCAGAGAAAACACUUGGAUACAAGCAAAUGCUUUCAAAUGUACAAUAUGUGACUAAUAACUUUCACAUCAUACAGCUAGUAAUUUCUGUGCUAGCUUUUGCACUUGCAGGUCUCUGGUAUGCAGUAGUGAAGGUAAAAAAGUACUAAGAUUUUAAUAAGUACUAUUUUUAACAUUAAUAGAAAAUUAACUAAAUAACAGAGACAAGGUUACAGUUCAGAUUUUAGUGAGAGGUAGCUAAAGUAAAAAUUAUAUUUGUGUAAUUGCUAGUAAAACUGGCUGUUGGAAGAAUAGGGACUUUUUUUGUAAGGAGUAUCUGCAUCUGAGUGGAAAGAACUUCUUAAUCUCAGAACUCUUUGCGACUUCUGCAGGUUUGCCAUUAAUGACUAGAACCCAAUUUGAUUGUUUAGCACAGAUCCUUUGUUUUCUUUAGGGUUUGUAUUAGUGGAGUGUUCUGGCUACUAUUUACAACCAUUUCCAAUGAAACUGUUUCUUGUAGAACUGAAUUCCUGCUCUGAAUCCAACAGUAACUAAUGUAUCGGUCCUUAAAAGACUUUGAACUGGAAAGCUGUUGGGAGGGUGGUCUUCAAUAGAGCAUAAUUCUCAGCAGUGUUCCUUUUCAAGGAUGGUACUGCUCUAAUUUAAAUAAUCAUGAGCUUUUGCGCUAUAAUAGACACUAUAAACAAUUUUCUAAAAGAAUGUUUUCUUUCCUUGAAAAAGUGAUUGUUAUCACUGAAGCAUAGUAAUCAUUUCUGGGCCUGUUGACUUUGGGACGGACUUCUGACAAUGGGGUUUGGCAAAGAAUAGAGCAAGAAUGUUGGAAUCAAUAGAGCUGCUUGUGAAUAAGAAUUGGCAGGAAUAGGCUCCUGUGGGCACUUAGAUGGAGAAACUCAUUGUGCAGUAGGUCAAAGUUUCAACUCGGUGUCCAAAAUUCUCAACAAGGGAGUUGAUGUAGGUGGGCUUGAUGUGCUUUAGGGGCCUACCUAAAGAGGGAGAUAUUGAUAUGGUGAGUUAGGAUAGAUUUUCAGCUCACCUUUCACUCUGAGUUAAAAGUGAGGACUUAAUGCAGAGAAAAGUCAUGCCAGUGAUUCGCACACCAAGUAUCCUUUUUGCUAGCUAGCUUGCUUCAUUUUGGAAAGAGAGUAAGUGAUAUUGCAUUUAGUUUGAACUGAAUUCACUUGGAAAGCCAGUAGAGUUUUCUAAUGUGGUGUUUAUUUGGGUGUUAGCACACUUGUGUAGAGAAGUCCUUGAUUAUGAAGAUGAAAUGCCGGUUAUCAGUGUUAUGGGGAGAAAUGUUGGAUUUUUUUAACCUUAUUUGAGUGCUGAAAGUAAGAUAUACUACUUUUUAUGUUAAAUGAUAUGUUGUGUUUUUAUUAUCCCCAUUGGUUGGCUAUUUCUUCUGGAUGUUAGAAGAGAUAAAAAGCCAUUUAAUUUAGAAAAUAACUUUCCCUGGUGUGUACUUUUAUUAAUUGUUUAACUUCUAGACUUUUGACCACAUGAUUACCUGUCACAAAAUUACCAAAAAACUCAAAAUAAUAACGGAUUACAUAUUGUAAGUAAUUAUUUUGACAGCAACAGUUUUCUCUGAGUCAAGCCAUUCAUGCUAUUCACUCCCAUCUCCACUGCUGCAAUUUAUCACCCUUGCAGUGGUAUUAACACGAGUGUUUGUGGAUCAAGAUUGCUGAAGCGAUGUGGAUCUGAAACCCCAGAACACCAGAAACAAAGACACUUCUCCUAAAGUCUGUGGCUUAUUUGAGUUACGGUAUUAAGCUGUUGUCUGCAUACAGCUUGACCCAAAAAAACACUUGGCAGAGCUGAGGGUAGAGGAAUGAAGGUGGGGAGGGGUCGGAGCCUGUUUAAGCUGGCUUGAUUGCUAAAGAAAACAUUGUGCAACUGCAUCUUAAUCUC